AUGGGUUCCAUAACUCCAAAGCCGGCUCCUCCUACUCCCCAACCAUGGGUUGAAACACCACUGUAUCGCUCAUCAAUUCUCUCGCGCUUCGCAGGAUGCAACAUUUAUCUCAAACUUGAGACCCUCCAACCAAGCGGCUCCUUCAAAUCCCGCGGCAUAGGCAACCUCAUGUCGCGCGCAAUCUCGAAAUACCCACCCAACACACCCGUCCGCUUCUACUGCUCCUCUGGCGGAAAUGCUGGGCUAGCAUGCGCUACCGCAGCGCUUUCGCUGUCCCAAUCCUGUACUAUCGUUGUGCCCUUCACGACCAGCGCGUUCAUGAUCGAGAAACUGAAGAGUCUGGGUGCGGAAGUGGUGCAGGUGGGCGAGCACUGGGCGGCGGCAGAUCAACAUCUGCGAGAGCAGUUGCUAGGGAAGGACAAGACGGGGGUGUACGUGCCGCCAUUUGAUCAUCCGGAUUUGUGGGAGGGACAUGCUUCGAUUGUGGAUGAGAUGGAGAGGCAGAUGGGGAAGAGAGGCGGAUAUGAUGCCGUCGUUUGUAGUGUGGGCGGUGGAGGGCUUUUCGCAGGAAUUAUGGAGGGGUUGGAGAGGUAUGGACGAUUGGAAGGAGAGAGGAAGAUGAGCGUUUUGGCGGUGGAGACGGAAGGCGCCAGAAGUUUGGCGUUGAGUGUUGAGAAAGGGGUGUUGAGUCGGUUGGGUGCUAUCACGACGAUUGCGAAUUCGCUUGGUGCUACUCAGGUUGCGCCAAGGGCUUUCGAGUAUACAAAGAGAUAUCCCGAGAAUGUUGCUUCGGUGGUGCUUUCGGAUGCUGAAGCUGCUAUUGGCAGUGUAUGCUUUGCGGAUGAUGAGAGAGUCAUUGUUGAGGCGGCUUGUGGUGUGAGCAUUGCAACUGCGUACAAUGGUACUAUCAGAAAUAUAGUAGGAGGAGGGUGUAGCGAUGAGGAGUUUGUGAGGAAGAAUGUUGUGAUUGUGGUGUGCGGUGGCAGUAAUAUUAGUUUGGACGUAUUGGAGAAGUACAAGGAGACUUAUGGGAAAGACGAAAAGGUCGUCAAAGGAUUUGGAAAAAGGCUGAGCUUGUAG